UUCCGGUGAAUCAACACAAUUAUUGACCGAUCAUCACAAGACUCCCAUGGGCCAAUGCCCUCUGGAUAAAUCUUCUGUGCUCCAGGAGAGCUGAGGAAAGCUAUUAUAAUGUAGUCAACAUGGUGAACAUGCAGCACAAUACUGAUAUUUAACUGGCAACCAUUUUACCUUUAGCAAACCAAUUGUCAUGACUGAUGUUUUGCUUUUGGAUGAACAAUGUUUGGUGUGAAACAGACACUUAAUGAGGUAUUUGACUGCCUCCAGGCUGUUUGGGACACCCUGCCGAGAGGUAUCUUUGACCCUAGUGAGCCAGAUUAAAGCCUGGAAGUCUAAGGACAAUUGUGAGACUGGUGGUGAGAGGUGCCUGUAUGAGCUGCAGUUCACUUCUGGAUUCUUCAUCAAAGCUUUGCACACCUCCCGUCUAAGCCAAAACGUGGAAGAGCUGAGCUUCACCCUUUACCCUUCAGAGACCUCCAGUGCAUGCAGAGUUGUGGGUGUAUCAGUCUCUGAGAACUGGUCCAUGCUUGAUGAUAAUGGAACCAACUACUGCACUCUUCACAACCUGAUUGAUGGAAGUGGACUGACCCAGGUUGAAGGUUUUAAAGAGUACACUAACGAGUGGAUCUGUCUGGAACAUUCCACUGCAAACUGCAGCAUCUACUAAUUAGACAUAUUCAAUAAACAUAUUGCAUGUAAACUAACACAUCAUACAACUGUAUAAACCUUGGUACUAUACUUCAAUGAUCGCAGGUUCUGUUGUGUUAUUAAUUACUUUUUUGAGUUUAUAUUUUAGGUUAGCUAACCUAAAGUUCAGGAUU